UUGCAUCAAAGAUGUGGUCAUGUUGACGCAAAGCCCUCUCAAGGAGGAAAAUGUCAAGCAUUCACAUAAGAACUAGUUUUGACCUAUCUGCUUUCGAUCACAGAUAAAAGAAAAGAUUAGACAGGUAUUGUUCGUGUGUGACCGCCCAGGAAUGAUCCAUACUAUAAAAGCAGUAAUGCUGCAUGCAGAGGAACAGAUUUGCGUUGUUCAUGGGGGAACUUAAGCCUGGAGAACAUCACUGCACACUUUGAACCCUGAUCUGUGUUUCUCAGUCACAUCCAAGUAACAAGAAAGCACCAGAAUGCAGUACAUUGUCUUUGCCGCUCUGCUCUCCGCCUGUGUGCUGGCUGAUGUUCAGCCUCAGUACUACUCCUUCUCCAAUGAAGUGGGUACAGGAAGUGGCAGCCCGUACAGUCUGAAAGGACAAGGCAAAAUCACAGCUGUCAGAGUGUGGGACAGCAACUACCUCUAUGCUUUCCAAUUCCGCUAUGGCUACAUCUGGUCUCCAAUUGUUGGUAACAAAGCUGGGUUCGUUCAGGAGAUGGAGCUGCAUGACGAUGAAGCCAUCAUCCAGAUCUCUGGGAAGUAUUCCCACUACCUGCAGUCAGUGGUGUUCACCACCACCAAGGGCCGCACGCUGCAGGCAGGCCAGCCCUCAGGGAACUCCUUUAACAUGUAUGCCCCCGUCAACAGCAUGUCCCAGCUAGUUGCACUCACCGGACGCUACCACGGAGGCCUCACCUCUCUCCAAGCUCACUGGGGCCUCCUGCCUUCCAACAGCACCGCCUUGAUGUGAGGAGAGAGGGGUAACAGACGAGUAAGAGAAUGUUUGCCUCAUAAAUUGCUGUCAGCACGUUGAUGUCACAAAACGUCAUGUUCAGAUUGUACAUGUUGAAAAUAUCCUUUCUCAGCAAAACGAUUGUUCUUUGAUCAAAAAAGUAUUGUUAAGUUGAGAGAACUUAAAUGUUUUUUUACUAGAACCCUUUAAAACUUGUGAGGUGAAACUUUAAGCUGCAUACUUGGGCAACAAUGUGAAGUAACAGAGGGCAUUAUUUAGUAACUUGUACUGUUUGAAGGAUUCGCUCAUCCUGAGCUUGUUUUUGUCCUCUUGAUUUUUAUGUAGGAGCUUUUAGCAUAGCAAAAGAAAUGCUGUCACAUACAAAUGAUCAAGAUAUUGAUCAUAUUGAUUGUUUUUGAUACGUCACUUUAAUCCUGAUUUCAUUUUCUCCUUCCCUUAAGUUGAUCUUUUUUCUAAUCAUUGUUUUGCACUUGUUAGAAAUGUCUAUGGGAACAAAUGUUGAAUAUAAAUGUUGUUGUUAACUGAAA